AUGGCGAGCAGUGUCACAGUGAUGAGACAGCACAGCAUACCGAGCGUGUUGUUGGAUGGAGCGUCAUCGCAGAUGCGCGAUUCGCUUUUCCAGGCACCAUCCUGCCUACAUAACCCUAUGAGAGACAUGAAUAACCACCAUUUCCUUGCUAGCUACCACCAUACGACAACUAGCUCUUCCAACGACCGCAGUGACACACCCGUCUUCAGCCUGUCAGGCGGUAGCCGAGCUCCGAGUAUGCAAGACGACCUCGAUCAUGUUAAUGUCGCUAGCGAGCCGACACAGAACAACAGCAAUAGAAACUCUGUAUCGCCAGCGACCUCCACAAUAUAUGCCUCAGAUGACGAUAACAAUACGAACAAUUCAUUGCACCAAGAGACCCUUGUUGGAGAAAAUACUGUCAGAGCCGAGCCAGGAGAGACUCAUGCUUUUCUCUUCAACGACCGUUCCGAAACCAGAACUGCAGGACAAUUCAUUGGGAAAGACAAACACAAUAGUACAUCAGUUUUCAUAACCUGGUGGUUUGAACUGGCCUCUUUAGUAGCCGCCAUAGUGGCCUUGAUCACUAUCGUGAUUACUAUGGCAAAGUAUAACGACAAAGAGCAGCCCGAGUGGAGAUACUCAAUCAACCUCAAUACAGUUAUCGCCGUUUUGGCCACCAUACUGCGAUCAUGUAUGGUGGUCGUAGCAGAAGAAGUCAUUAGCCAAUUGAAGUGGUUGUUGUUUCGGCGACCACGGCUUCUCUGGCACCUUGAGCAUUUUGAUUCAGCUGCCCGAGGGCCCUGGGGCUCGCUGCUGCUCUUCUUUCGAACAAGGUCUCUUAAUGCGGCGUUUGUAGGAUGCAUAGUCAUCGUACUAUCAGUCGGCAUCGGGCCUUUUUCGCAGCGAGCUGUCAAGUCUGUAUCGUGUGAGCGGCCUCUAGCGGGAGCAGAAGCAUCCAUCAGGGUUUCCCAGUGGAUGUACUCCUCGAAAAAAAGUCAAGGCAUCGAGGGCACCUGGUUAUUGGACUUGGACUUAGACACCAAGGUUGCCAUCUUGGAUGGACUUGUGAAUUCCAACACGACUCGGUCUGAUAUCACGCCGAGCUGCACUACUGGCAACUUGUACAGAGAGACUGGGGAUCGACUUCUCCAAAUGAAAAACUCUUAA